AUGACAAAACGACUGAGCCGAGCGGACUACCACGUGGCGUGGAUCUGUCCUUUACCUGACAUCGAGCUGCUGCCGUCUCGAUUGAUGCUCGACGAACAGCACAUUCCUCCGUCCUACGACACAAGCUACGACGAUAAUACGUACAUAUUUGGCGCGAUGGCGGGCCACACCGUUGUCAUCGCCACCUGCCCAAAGGGAUUGAUAGGCAACGUCAAUGCCGGCCGGCUGACGGGUUCAAUGUUCAAGACCUUUCCCAAUAUUCGAAUGGCCGUGCUGGUCGGCAUCGGCGGCGGUGUUACUCUUCCUGCUCCUGGUGAUGACCCCCUCCAAGAUGUUCAUCUCGGGGAUGUCGUGGUUGGAUGGCCUGGCGACGGAAAGCCCGCUUGUAUCUACUAUGACUUGGGAAGGUGGAAGGUCAAGGGAUGCUACGAGACGGUUGCUAUGACAGCAAAACCCGACUGGAUAAUUCUGAAUGCGCUGAGUAUGCUUGCCUCAGACCACGAAUUAGGCAGUACCAAAUUUCACGAUCAUCUUGCGAGAUUGCAGAAUCACAAGAAGUUUAUGCAUCCCGGACUUGAACAUGAUAGGCUCUUUAAAGCCGACUAUCACCAUAAGGGAGAGUACGGGUCGAAGUGCGAAACAUGUGACAAGGCUCAACUGGUCCAGCGACCCCCGCGAACUGAACAAGAUAGGGACAAAUUUGUGUUCCACCAGGGGAGGAUUGCCACGGGCAAUUCGGUCAUUCAAGAUGGUGAAUGGAGAGACCAGAUAAGCAAACGGUGUGGAGGAGUACUUUGUAUUGAGAUGGAGGCAGCCGGUGUCGACGCUAAUAGAAGUUGCCUCGUAAUCCGUGGUAUUUCCAACUACGCGGAUUCACAUAAGAACGAUGUCUGGAAGUCUUAUGCGGCUGGAAAGGCAGCGGCGUUCGCAAGGGAGCUACUCUGCAGGAUUCAACCAGCCCCGGUUAAAGACAUGGAGGCAACGCCCAAAAGUCAUUUUAUUGUCCCGUUUGGACGGAACCACGGCUUUGUCGGCCGUGAAUCCAUUCUGCAGCAGCUUCUAAAGAGGACACCGCCGAGUAAUAACAGGGACAACUGCCAGAGGACCGCUAUCGAGGGCCUCGGAGGCAUUGGAAAGACACAGAUAGCCCUCGAAACAGCCUACCAGGUCAGAAAUAACCAUAAAGACUGCUCUAUCUUCUGGGUGUCGGCCGUGGAUGCGACCAGUUUUGAGAAUGCCUACCGCCAGAUCGGUCAAGCACUCGGCGUCGCAGGGAUCGACGAAGAUGGGGCCGAUGUCAAGUUGCUCGUUAAGAAAGCCCUCGAACACGAAAGCGCUGGCAGCUGGCUCUUAAUCAUCGAUAAGGCCGAUGAUUCAAAGCUGUUCAAGGACACGGCGCUCUCUGACUAUCACUAUCUACCGUUCAGUCGAAAGGGUUCCAUUCUCUUUACAACACGAAAUCAUGAGGUUGCAUGGAAGCUUGAUAUAGCGGAGAUUAUCAACCUGAAGGAAAUGAGUGAGGCUGAAGCUAUAGAACUGCUGCAAAAAGGCUUAUAG